CCAUGGCUACUUGGAGCAACGGUAUUUUGAGCCGUUAGAAGAUGCUCCCGUUUAAGAAAUAUACUCAGAGUAGCUUUAAAAAGACAGAGAUGCAGUUUUAGGAGGACACAGAGAACACAGAAAUUGUCCUCCAUGCGGAGAAAAUGAAGAAAACUAGUGUGGCACCUAACUCAUGUCUUCGAGCAAGUAAUAAUUCAGGAUCGGGAAUUCAUGGAGUCAGUCAAAGACACAAAUGGAGCUUUGGAGUUUCUCAAAUCCGGAAAACCUCCAUGUUGGCCGGUGACAGCAACAACGGCAAACGUAACGGUCGGGGAGGAGGUCACCAGACUCCCAGAAGAGCAGUCCAGGUGUUUAAUGAAGACGGCAUUGACGUUACUCCUCUGCCCCUGUAUCAUGCAGAGCCAGGAGAAACACAGCCCAAACCAGGCAGAUUCUUUCUGGAUGAAAUCUUUUCCAGCUCAGGAUCAGACCAUUUACAAUCUACUUCAAGUUUCAGUGUGCGCUCUUCCAGCUCUUUCAUGUGUUGCAGCCAACCAUCCAGCCUGUCCAACAAAGAUCUACUGACUAAGGACACUGAGGAUAAUCUUCCUUCACUGGAAAUGCCAAUAAACCAGCCAACUCCAUACGUGUUGCCAAGGAAAAGAGACAAUGUGAGACAACACAUGACAGAAGUGAAGUUGGAUGAGGUAGUAGACAUAUGUUUCUCUGAGACAGACACCAUUUCACUGCUGGACAAACCCAACACUGUUAUCUCAGAGGAUGCUGAUGAUGCAGAAGAGAUUAAAAAAGGAAACAUUCACUAUGCUGAGCUCUGCAAGAACAGAAUGGGCAAUGAUAAGUAUGUAGUGCGAUCAAUGCAGACAUUCAAUGGAGCACCCAAGGACAAACAGAUCCAGUGUGACAAGAUUGCCAUGGUGGAAGAGGGAUUAACUGCUACUGUCUGGGACAUCUAUGACUCUUUCUGUAGAAAAAAUCAAACCACUGAAAGUGAGGAGGAGAAAUAUUCAGAGAGUACUUUGAACACCAGCAAAAUUCAAGAGAACAGACAAGAAAAGAGCAACAGCACAAUCUGCACAGGCAGUACCAGCAGCUCACUGUUAGAAAUGGAAAACUAUGGGAACAGUCUAAAUGUUGAGCCUGACCCACAGUGGAUCAUGGAGUCCGAGUCAUUCCAGCACAGUUUAUUACUCGUGAUGAGGAAUAUCAUGGUAAACAUCUUUCAACCCAAACUGGCUGCUUAUAGACAGCUGCCCGUACUAGAAGACCCUGACAGCACGGUGAAGCCUGGGACUAAGAAACAGAGUGAGGAGGGUGAGACGAGCAGUCUAACUCCAGCCCUUGAAUGUCUCUGGGCUUUCACUUGCGAGGUCACCAGAGGACGCAACAUUACCAGCAUGUGCUGGAACAAAAAGGACCCGAACCUCCUGGCAGUGGGAUAUGGUGACCUCAUGAACGAGAAAGAAGGACUGAUCUGCUGCUGGUCCCUCAAAAACCCAGUGUGGCCAGAAUGCGUCUUCUACUGUCAUAGUUGUGUUACAUGCGUGGAUUUCUCGGCCAACAACCCCUGCCAGCUGGCUGUGGGGAUGCUUGAUGGUACUGUAGCACUCUACAACAUCCAGUGUCGAGACAAAAGGACAUGUCUCGCCAGCAGCAGUGAGUGUUCCAUAAAGCACCUGCAUCCAGUGUGGCAGAUCAAGUGGACCAGACAAGAGAUGAGAUUAUCGGGGGAGGAGAGGGUGGAAGCCCUCGUCUCUGUGUCGGCAGAUGGCAGGAUUAAGAAGUGGCUCCUCUCCGCCAAUCAUCUUGACUGUAUAGACCUGAUGGAGCUGAAGAGGACUGAGAAUGUUAAGCCGAAGGCUCAGAAAAAAAAAAAAAAGAAAAAGGCAGCCGGUGUUCUGGCAAUGAUGAUGCCGACUCUUUGCAUUGACUUCCAUCCAACAGAUUACAGUAUCUAUCUGACUGGCACACGGGAUGGCCUCAUCCACAAGUGCUCCUUCUCCAACAGUCAGCAUUCUCUGGAUACUUACCAAAAACAUUUUGGCCAGGUGAACCACGUUGAAUGGUCUCCAUUCAGUCCUGAUGCGUUCCUGAGCUGUUCCUCUGACUGGACCAUCCAGCUGUGGAGGCAGAGCCAACGUACCCCAGUGCUGAGCUUCACAUCAACCCAGAAGGCCGUGUACACUGCCAGUUGGUCCCCAAACCACUCCACAGUGUUUGCCGCCAUUAAUGGACGGCAGAUGGAGAUCUGGGACCUCAAUAUAUGCAUCCUGAACCCAGCCAUUGUGCAACAUGCUGCACCCGGUGUGAAGAUGACGGCCCUGCUGUUUGCCACAGGGUCAGACUGCAUCUUAGUAGGAGACAGUGACGGACAAGUGACUGUCUACAAGCCCAAGAACCUCAGUAUGGGACACGGCAAGCAGGUGGACAGUCUGGAUGACAUCAUUCACUCUGCAGUCUCCAGAGAUCAAAAAGUGUAAUGUCAAAGUUCAAAUCCAUUAGCUCUUUUAAAAAUAUCAAACAACAUACUUGUAAACUGGUCAUACUGCCAAGGCCGACCUUUUGUGUGAGACACACUGUAGGUUUUUGUUAUUGUGGUUAAAUAUCUGAGGUUAAUUCACCUUGACAGUUCUUUGAAACUGAAGAAAAAUUUAGAAACAUGGAAUAAAUAUGUUAUUGUGAUCUGUUCAAUUUAGUAUAUAUAAUAAUAAAUAUAUAAUAAGAGACUCUAUUACUGCAUGUGAAUUGGACAGUGCAUUCCGCACAAUUCAUCUCAGUCAAGUGAGCUCCACAAAUUAAGAUUCUUCAAAGAUUUAACUAACCUAAUAAAUGAUGAGUGAACCUGUCACCCAGAAGUCUAAAAAAAAUUUCAGGUCAAGCUGUUCAAAUUGAAACCUUAUAUAAUAUUUUAUCUGUAGAAAAAAUAAACAGUCUUACAAAAAGAUGCAAGAACUUUUGUCUGUACUGACGGGUUUUAUUUUCUAGUCCUGGGGAGACACCUACUGGCAAAAAGUCACACCAUGGAGCUAUAUGCUGAAAAGCCUUGCUUCACGCUUCAUCAGUGAGAGUGUUUGCAUCAUAUACUUUUCCAUUUGAAGAUACUACUACGGCUGUUUUCCCCAUAAUCUGGCAAAUUUAUUUUGCUAUGAGUUUUCACAGGUAAUAAAAAAGAUAUCCAGAAAUGCUGUCUUUCUGAUAGACCAAUCCAGAGGUGCAGUCCAUGAAAUAUCAUCUAGCCUCAGAUAUCAUUUGAGCUAAAGCCACCAGCUAAAUGCAGCAGAAAGAAAACCCGGUAGAGCAAUAAAAUCUGUCGUGAAACAAUGAAAACUCUGAUUUACGUUAUAUAAAUCUGUAAAAGUUAAUGUUAAGCAUUGAUUUUAUUCCAUAGUUGUUUUUUUGGACAGUUUCCAUUUCAUAUGAUAUGGUAGUUUUGUUUUGUUGGUUAUUUUGUAGCUCUAGAUGACGAGUUGUGUAUGCGGAGGAACGACUGAAUUCAGCAUCAGCUUGAGAUUCAUCAGAUAGCUUUCAGUUUGUAGCAGUAAACAACUCAGUCGAACUGUGUGCAGAACUCAAGAAUGCGUCAGCUAACACGGUUAUUCUGGAUGACAGUGCUUUCUUUCAUUCACACACUGGCUCCAACAAAUUGCAUCACGCUCCCCAGACCGGCUGGCAUGUCUAUAAACUCCAAUAUGUGAAGUUGUGGAGACUUGCCUUCACAUUCCACUGACAAGAAUUUCGGAAGGAGAUCAGAUGCCAGCACACACGCGUAAUAGUGAAUCGACAACUUCCUGAAAUUUACUUUCCAAAUUAUAUGAAUUUUACACCAAAUGCUGUAAAUGCUCUGUGAUGACUACAUGACACUUUCAGUUCAUGUCUCCAUCAGCCAAAGCUUGUUAAAAGUAAAACCUAUGUUUAAAGUCAUUCACUCGUUACUGUAUUGUGACUUUAAGGAUUGAUAGUAACAUGUUCAUGUUAAUCCAACUCUUAGUACUGACAUGUUCUGAAAUGACUGAAAUAACAUUCAACAUCAUCUGAGUGUGUGAUCUCCACAUUAUUCUGAAUGUGAGGAAUACGAACCUGUUGUUGGGAA